AUGGCGAUUCUCAGUAUCUGUUUGUGUUCCAAGUUCUCCACCAAUCAAAACCCGAAAACUAUUUCUUUCCACAAUUCAGCAUCUCCAUCGAAACCCAUAAUUUCUUCUCUCUCCCUCCCCACCCCUCGUGCUCCGCAGGUUCAUCAAAUUCAGAAUCAUCUGUCAUCUUUGUGUGAAUCAAUCUCUAAAGCGAGCAUUCUUGCCGUUCUUUCAGCUUCACUUGUUUUUGCUUCAAAUCCCGCUCUUGCAUUUAAGGGUGGAGGGCCAUACGGUGCUGAAGUGACCAGGGGACAAGAUCUUACAGGUAAAGAUUUUGGUGGCAAGACUUUGAUCAAGCAGGAUUUCAAAACGUCAAUACUGAGGCAAGCCAAUUUCAAAGGGGCUAAGUUGUUAGGAGCCAGCUUCUUUGAUGCUGAUUUAACAGGGGCAGAUCUUUCUGAUGCUGAUCUUAGAGGAGCAGAUUUCUCCUUGGCCAACGUAACAAAGGCAAAUUUGAGCAAUGCCAACCUGGAAGGAGCACUUGCAACUGGCAACACAUCUUUUAAGGGUACAAUUAUAACGGGUGCAGAUUUCACAGAUGUUCCAUUGAGAGAUGACCAACGGGAAUACCUUUGCAAAUUCGCAGAUGGGUUGAACCCAAUUACGGGCAAUGAAACACGAGAAACUUUGCUUUGCAAGUAA